GAUCCAAUUUAAAAAAUUGAAUACAAGAAACACAGGAUUCGCAGGGAAGAAGCGAGAAAAUUGACGAGAAACUCAGAGAAAAUCCAAAAAUUAAAGCAAGAAAUAUUUCAUUCUUGAAAUCACUCUAAAGCCAAGCAAGUGAAUCUUUCCAUUGACCACAAAAAUCAAGAAUGGCGAUGCAAGCUGGUCGUCUGAUUCAUGAUCAGAACUUUAAUGUUCACUGCAAUGGUGCUUCUGUUGGGGGAAAGACAAAUGUCCAAAAAGCAGAGAGGAAAGGAGGGCUUGGUGCAAGGAAACCGCUUAGUGAUUUAUCGAACUCAGAGAAGCAUGUUCUAAAUCAGGCACCGAAAAAGCAAACUUCAAAGAAAGUCACUUUUAUUGAUGAACAUUCUGGUGCCUCUAAAAUGAGAAAUGAUACAAACAAAAAGACAAGCAUCUCUAGAGCCUCAGCGAAGUUGCAGACGGGUAGCAGGAAAGCGCUUUCUGACAUUUCAAACUCUGGCAAGGCACAUCUGAAUGGGGAGGCAACAAACAAGAAUCUUAACCUGAAGCUCGGUGUUGUGGCAGAGGAACCACUUCAUCAUGUCAGUGCUAUUGCUGAAGAGCGAUUUCUGCACAAUCACCAAGAGUGUAUUAAAGCACAGACCAAGUCUAUGGACUUGGAUGAAUUUCUGAAGACAGUUGGACUAGACAAUGAUCUUUCCAAAUGCUUGGCAACUCCACGUGCACCAUCAAUGUCAAGAAAGUUAAAGCCUGAAAACUCCCUGAAGAAGUACCACCUUGAAUUGGAAGAGAUGGCUGAGCAGCUGAUUGAAGAUGGAGGAGGAUCUUCUUGGAAGCAUGGGCUGUUGUCAGGCAAGCCUGCCGCCUCUCCACUACCUCCUUGCAUGACCCCAAAAUCACCCCGUUAUUCCACACUCUGGAAAGACUACGACUUGAUCAACUUUAAGUUGAUGGAGACUCCAGACUUGCCAAGGCAUUAAACUGAUUUCCCUUGUUUAGAAUGGCAGUUAUGUGGCAAGAAUAUGUUGUUUAGGAUUGUAAUGGAGACUCUUUUCUUACCUGCUUGUUAAUGCUAGAAUGUUGCCUUGUGCAGAACUUCACUGUUUUUUAGUGUGUAAACCAAGAACGGAUAUUUUCUUAGAACUUGGCUCUUUAUUCUCCUUUUCUUCCCUCAUCUUUGUAUCUUCUAUUGAUUGGAUGAACGAUUGUAACGAAGCAAACAUAGUUGUUGGGUUUUGGUGACUUUAAUCG